CAAAAGUUCAACGCUUUCUAUCCACAAGACCUCAUCUUCUUCUUGGUCUUCCUUUUACUAUUUGAUUUUGAUCUGAGUCGGACCCAGCUAACCAAAACCCACCAUUAUAUAUACCAUCAAAGAAGGAACUCUUCGUUCAAUUCUUUCUCUCCUCUUUUGCAAAUCUGUCUCAGUCAUGAAUUCAACUUCAACUGAAAUAUCAUUUGAGUUCGGCUCAUUUUUUAGAGCAUACAAAGAUGGGCGAGUGGAAAGAUUCUUUGGCACCGACAAGGUUCCUGCAUCCAUCAAUUCCCCAGAUGGAAUCUCAACCAAAGAUGUGCUAAUCGUGCCAGAAACUGGUGUAUCAGCCAGGAUUUUCAUCCCUAGCAAUAUAAAUUCAGGCCAAAAGAUUCCUCUUCUAGUCUAUUUUCAUGGUGGAGGCUUCCUAAUCGGGUCUCCAUUUUGCCCCACAUAUCACAAUUUUCUCGCCUCUCUCGUUACCGCAGCUAAUGUCAUUGCUGUUUCUAUUGAUUAUAGAUUGGCUCCCGAGAAUCCUCUCCCCACAGCUUAUGAGGACUCAUGGGUUGCUCUCAAAUGGGUGGCUUCCCAUUGUAAUGGUGGAGGUUCUGAACCCUGGUUGAAGGACCAUGCAGAUUUUGGCAGAGUUUUUCUAGCCGGUGAUAGUGCUGGUGCCAAUAUUGUGCACAACGUGGGAGUCCAAGCUUCAGUAGAAGAUCUAAAUGGAGUAAAGUUAUUUGGAAUUUGCUUGAUUCAUCCAUACUUUGGGAGGAAAGAAGGUGGUGUUGAUGAUUCAUGGCUUUUUGUUAGCCCAGAUACAAGUGGGUUCAAUGAUUUGAGGAUCAAUCCAGCUUUGGACUCAAGGUUGGCUAGCCUAGGGUGCACCAGGGUGCUAAUCUGUAUUGCUGAGAAGGAUAAGUUGAGAGAGAGGGGAGUGUUUUAUUAUGAGACAUUGGUGAAGAGUGGGUGGAAUGGAGAAGUGGAGAUUGUGGAGACUGAAGGAGAAGAGCAUGUAUUUCAUUUGUUUAAACCAAACUGUGAGCAUGCUGUGGCUUUGUUGAAAAAGCUGGCCUCUUUCAUGAAUCAAGACUAGGGUUUGUGUUUCAUUCCGUGUGUGCUUCUCAUGGGUUGGCAGAGAUUUUGGUCAAAUCUAAUGUCGUGAACCAAAUACGAUCAGAAUUAUUUCGAUAGAAAUAUAUUCGGUUUAAUUUAAUUA